GAGCGGCGCUCCGCGGGUGCGGGGCUGCGCGGGCAGGAGCGGCGGCGGCAGAAGCGGCAGGGUUUGCCUGGGGUGGCCGAGCAUCCUCCAACUUGGAACUGUCCACUGGCGCGAGCUCCUGAACAUGAGCCUCCUGCUUCUCUACCUGCUCGGAUUGCUCCUCAGUAGCGGGCAAGCUUUACUUCAAGUUACAAUUUCCCUUAGCAAAGUUGAGCUCAGUGUGGGUGAAUCCAAGUUCUUCACAUGCACAGCCAUUGGUGAGCCUGAGAACAUAGAUUGGUACAACCCACAAGGAGAGAAGAUUGUUUCUAGUCAAAGAGUGGUUGUUCAGAAAGAAGGCGUUCGAUCGCGUCUAACCAUUUAUAACGCAAACAUAGAAGAUGCGGGUAUAUAUCGGUGCCAAGCAACAGACGCUAAAGGACAAACUCAAGAAGCUACUGUAGUUUUGGAAAUUUAUCAAAAGCUCGCUUUUCGGGACAUAGUAUCUCCACAAGAGUUCAGGCAGGGAGAAGAUGCAGAAGUUGUUUGCCGUGUUACGAGUUCACCUGCUCCCAUUGUCAGCUGGUUGUAUCGGAAUGAGGAAGUCACAACUAUUGCUGACAAUCGAUUUGCAGUAUUAGCAAACAAUAACCUCCAAAUUCUUAACAUCAAUAAAAGUGAUGAAGGAGUAUACAGAUGUGAAGGAAGAGUGGAAGCAAGAGGAGAAAUUGACUUUCGGGACAUAAUUGUUAUUGUGAAUGUUCCCCCUGUAAUCAUUCUGCUACAGAAAUCCUUCAAUGCCACUGCAGAUAGAGGAGAGGCCAUAACUUUGUUCUGCAGAGCCACUGGAUCACCUCCACCAGAGAUCAGUUGGUACAGGAGUGGUAAACUUAUUGAAGAAAAUGAAAAAUAUGUCCUGAGAGGAAGCAAUACACAACUAACAAUAAGAGAUAUAAAAAAUAUUGAUGCGGGUCCUUAUAUUUGUAAUGCUAAAAACAAGGCAGGAAAUGACAAAAAACAGACAUUCCUUCAAGUUUUUGUGCAGCCUCAAAUAAUACAACUUAAAAAUGAAACCACAUUUGAGAAUGGGAAAGCAACCCUCAUCUGUGAAGCAGAAGGAGAACCUGUCCCAGAGAUUACUUGGAAAAGGGCCAUUGAUGGAAUGACUUUCUCUGAAGGUGACAAGAGCCCAGAUGGCCGUAUAGAAGUCAAAGGGCAGCAUGGAAAAUCGUCACUGCAUAUUAAAGAUGUGAAGUUGUCAGAUUCAGGGAGAUAUGACUGUGAAGCGGCAAGUAGAAUUGGUGGGCACCAAAAGAGCAUGUACCUUGAUAUUGAAUAUGCUCCAACAUUCGUGUCAAAUCAAACCAUGUAUUACUCUUGGGAAGGCAAUCCCAUCAAUAUAAGCUGUGAAGUGCUAGCAAACCCAUCUGCCUCAGUUCAGUGGAAAAGAGGAAAAUCAGUUUUACCUGUAAAAAAUACAACUCAUUUGAAGACGUACAGUACAGGCAGAAAGCUGAUUCUAGAGAUUGCUCCCACAUCUGACAGUGAUUUUGGGCGGUAUAAUUGUACAGCCACAAACAGAAUUGGAACAAGAUAUCAGGAGUAUACACUUGGCCAAGCUGAUGUGCCAUCAAAUCCUUAUGGAGUACGAGUUUUAGAGCUGUCACAAACCACUGCCAAGGUUUCGUUCAAUAAGCCAGAUUCACAUGGAGGUGUGCCCAUUCACCACUACCAAGUGGAUGUGAAAGAGGUAGCCUCGGAAACCUGGAAAAUAGUUCGCUCCCAUGGAGUUCAAACAAUGGUUGUUCUGAGCAAUUUGGAACCAAAUACAACAUAUGAGAUAAAAGUAGCUGCUGUAAAUGGAAAAGGGCAAGGAGAAUAUAGCAAAAUUGAGAUCUUUCAGACCUUACCUGUCCGGGAGCCAAGCCCCCCUUCAAUCCAUGGACAACCAGAGAGUGGCAAGAGUUUUAAACUUAGCAUAACUAAACAAGAUGAUGGAGGGGCCCCCAUACUGGAAUAUAUUGUCAAAUACAGAAGUAAAGAUAAGGAAGACCAGUGGCUAGAGAAAAAAGUACAGGGUAGUAGAGACCACAUCAUCUUAGAGCAUCUUCAGUGGACCAUGGGUUAUGAAGUACAAAUCACAGCUGCCAACAGACUGGGUUAUUCUGAACCAACAUUGUAUGAAUUCAGCAUGCCACCAAAGCCCAACAUUAUUACAGACACUCUUUUUAAUGGUCUUGGACUUGGUGCUGUCAUUGGCCUGGGAGUGGCAGCCCUUUUGUUAAUCCUGGUUGUGACUGAUGUUAGCUGCUUCUUUGUACGACAAUGUGGACUGCUCAUGUGCAUCACCAGGAGGAUCUGCGGGAAAAAGAGUGGUUCAAGUGGAAAAAGUAAAGAACUGGAAGAAGGAAAAGCUGCUUACUUGAAAGAUGGAUCAAAAGAGCCGAUAGUGGAAAUGAGAACAGAGGAUGAAAGAAUUACCAACCAUGAAGAUGGGAGUCCAGUAAAUGAGCCAAAUGAGACAACUCCCCUCACAGAACCGGAGAAGCUGCCACUAAAGGAGGAAAAUGGCAAAGAAGCUUUAAAUCCAGAAACCAUAGAAAUCAAAGUUGCUAAUGACAUCAUCCAGUCAAAAGAAGAUGAUAGCAAAGCAUAAUAAGAUAAACUACAGCUGUCUGGAUAAUGCAUUUGGAUUGAAGUAAUCCCGUGACCAAAACUUUACAGCUGACCUUAAUUUCUUGGGAAACUUAAGCUUGGAAUAGUUAGUACAUGUGUACAUAUGAUGAAACAGUUCCUGUCUACAGUUCUUUUCUAUAUAUUUUUUGUUGUUAAUGGCUUUAGUAUGUAGUUUUUCUGACACCAAGUCCCAUGGUAUAAAUUUGAAAAAUCUGCAGAAUAAGAACUGUAAUUUAUUAUAUGACAAAGUGUGUCUAUUUAGAAGAAAAAUUCUAAAGCAUCCCUAACCACAAACAACACAUCAGGCCUCUCCAGAUCUUACAGUGCAAGCUACAUACCUAAAGUGUCAUAUGAUAAUGUAUUUAUUUCCAUUUAUUAUAAAAUGAAAUUUUAGGUUGCCUUUAAAAAAAAACAACUAAACCACUCUCAGUAUAAUGUUUAAGACCUUAGUUCUGGCUGACACUCAAUAGUCAUUCCAGCUGUGAUUAUCACUUGAGGCAAACAAAAAAAAAGAGACACUCAUCAACAGAGAGCCAUGUCCCACUGCAGUUUCUCCUGGGUUCUUCGAUAAAAAAAAUAGCUGGUAAUGACCAUACACAAACUCAAAUAAAAUUGGCUAAAUAUUUCACAAUAGUCUACUGGCCUCAUCCUAACCACAUGAGUGUGACUCUGAAAGGCUCUGGGAUUUUCAGUGCUUCAGGUUUUCUGUAUGAAAGUUUUGGAGGUUACAUGUGAACUAAAAUGCAGCCAAGGUGUAAAAAGAAAACUGUUUUUAAAUCAUAAUCUUCACUUCAAAUGAAAAUUUACAAUAUUUGUCCCAACAUAUUAUACAUACAGGGUAUUCAUUUUUGUCUAAGUUCAAAUGAUUUAGCUAAGGGUUAAAACUGUGGUUUAGUGAAUACAUUUUCUCCCCAAAUCAGUACAUAAAAUAUUAAACUUGGCCUUUUUGAAGCAGGACUUUUUCCUUUGUGAUUUCAUACCUUUUGUCGUAAAAAGUACAGUGUAAGAACAGAUGGAAAGGGGACUUUGUCUAAGCAGUUAGGAACAAUUUUUAAUUAUGAACUAAUGCAACCUUAUAUUCAACUGAUUUUUUUUUUCAUGUCAAGCUUCCUUUAAGAUAUUCCUCUUUACUAUUCUGAUCAACAUGACCCACCAGGAAAUUUUACAGAUUUAUUUGAUCCGAAAUUCAUUCAUAUGAAUGAAUGGUUGAUUUAAUGGUGCCACUAACUGGAGCAAUAUAGUUUGUUUCCAUUCCAGCACAGUGUAUCCACACCUAUCAAACUCUUCAAAGCCUUGCUUUAAAAGAAGUAGAUAAACCAUAUAGAAAACUAAACUGGAAAAUUCUACUUGUCAGGAGUAAAUGGUAGAGUAUGUUGUGAAUUUUCUACAUCUAAGUCAUGCCUGAGGUUUAAGUGUAGUUUUAUUCAACAAAUUGUGUUUUCUCCCUGCUAUAUCUGAAUUCUGAUAAUAUUUGAAGUCUUUGUACUAGUUGACAUUUUUUCAGUAGAACUGAAAGUGAAAUGUAAAAGGGUCUCCUUAAAUUUGAGGAAAAUGUCACAGUAACCUUCUUGUUAACCCAUGUUUAAAUCCAUUUGAAAGAGCUGAGCUUAUUUUUCAAAACCAAGUUAUUUUAUGAGUUUUUUACGGCUUUUCCUCACUUUGGGAAAUACCUACAAUGAACCAAGGAGUUGAGGACAGAGGCAUACUGCUGGUGUGGCUAGGAUAGGAGGCCAAGUUCCCACAAAACCAGUACCAAAAUGAAAAAAAUGGGUAAGAGGGGAUAGCGAUGUGGGAUGAAAGACCAUGGAAGAUAAUAAUUGAAAAUUGCUGGAAAGAAGUUUCUGUAAAUGGUGAGGCACUAAUUCUGGGUAAAGGGAAGAUGAAGACAUUCCUUUAUGAGCUUUCAAUGUUCCUCCCUCAUACUGAGCAGGCAGUAAUACCAAAUAGCUGCUUGUCUAUCAGAUUUCUGUCCUGAUUCUUUCUAUGUACACAGCAAGCAGGACGGACUGCUCCUAACCUAUAAUUAGGACAACAGUUGUCUCAUUUAUACAUAUGGAUAUUCUUUCUACAAAGUAUGUAUUUGCAGCUGGAUUUUCUGCUUCUAUCAAAAUGUAAGAAGGGAUGUGGACAACUCCAGCAGUUGAGAAUAAUGUGAUUGGUGUGGCUUGAACAUCCUCUCACACAAUAUUUUUACCGGGAUGAUGAUGAAAGUGGUAGACAUUGUUUCCUCCUCUACCUGCAAUCACAAAUUUGGGUGGUGCCAUGCAUAUUCAAUCUUCCCUAGGCAGAUGGUGUUUUUUCUGAAGCCAGCUUGAUCAUUUCUGCAAGAAGGUGCCUAUACAAUGUUGCAGAAUUAACAGUGUCUAGGCUCAAUUGCAGAUGCAUUUCAAAUUUUACUACUUCUUAGUAGGGCUUACACAAAAAAAAAUCAUGGCCUAACAGCUCUAUAUUGGUGGGAUUUUUUCUUUUUUUUUCCCCUUGAUACGGCCUCUAAUUACAGUUUGAAGGGAUUAGAAGAUUUAAGAGGUCUUGUUAGCACAUUCAUUACUAAUACACCUGUGCUACUCUUUUAUAAGCAAAAUAUAUGGCAAUAUUAUUUCAAUAUUGGAUACAAAAGCAUUUCCCACUAUACUGGAUUACAAAUCAAAAGCUGUUUCCAGGAGUAUUUAAUUUCUUCUUGCUGUUAUGUCUCUUGGCAGUUGAGCUGUGUGAGGGCUGAGAAUAAAACAGCUCUAAAUUUCUGAUGGACUGUACAAGCACACCUUUUUGGUCUGUGGUUUAAUAGGUUGUCUCUUGUGCUUUGACUCUGUGCUGUACAGGAGAAAACCAAACUCCCACUAUGAAAGAAUGCUGAAAAACACUGAUAUUUCGAAAUAGUUCCAAGUAUUUCCAAAUGAAGGACAGCGCAUAGUAAUUUGUAAGAUAUGUGUAGAACUGGAAUAACAACAUUAGUUUAUUUUCUUUUCCUAUUCUAGAUUAAAAAAAAAACACACACAAAAAAAAAAGAUACCUGUAUAAAUGUCACUUUUACUGUCUAAAAGUAAUUUUAAGUGUUAGUAUGAAAUGUCAGAAGAGUUGACAAAAUAUAACUAUUUGUAAAAGUAAUCUGAAUUGUUAUGCUAACAUACUCCAGGGACCAAGGUGGGAGGGAAAUUAGUACUGAUACAAAAUGUGGCAGUGACAAUCUCUUUUCAACAACAACAAAAAAAAAAAGGAGUACAAUUAAGUAAAAUUACUUAAAGCUCCUUGUUUGUUUUUUUAUUUUUUUAUUUUAGUAGACCUGAGUUCUGAUUUACCACAAUAAUAACAAAGUUUGAAUUAAUAUUUUGCAAUUUAGUAAUCAGAUGUACCCUGGAGAGGUUUUUCCUGGUUUUAUUUGUUUAUUUGCCUUUUUUUGACUUCUAAGAUUUUUUUGUGGUUGCAGAAAUAUUUACUAUUCUGGUGAUGCUAAUGCCUAAUGUGACAAAAAUUAAUUUAUUCAGGCCUCAGUCUUGCAAGAAAUUUUGUGUGGUUGAACCCACCCCUUAUAUGGCACCACACUGACAUUAGUGGGGUGGAUGUGAGCAGGAAGAUGGAUGUACUUUCAUAACAGAACUUGUGGGAUUGGGCCUACUUUCUAUCUCUUCAUAGAUAUAUACAACAUAGCUACACCGUGGCCAUCAUCUAAAAAGGCUGUUUGACAUCAGUCCCUGGGGUAGUAAAUUCCAGCUGCUGUCUUCAGCCUCUGCAUCGAUGUUCAUCCAAAAAAAAGUGGCUUUCUUUUUAUGAUGGUAAUUAGUUUGAUUAUUUAUUUAAGUGCCAGUCAUCAAACUGUAGUAUAAUCAUCAUGCCAUUUUUUCUGUUUCCUAGACCAGAUAAUGGAAAUGUAUUUGUGCCUUUUGAUAGCAUGCCACUCUGCUUUAUUAAAGAAAAAUCUUCAAUAAUUUGUCCACAAAGCCUGUUUAAAAUAAUUGAAAGCUUUACUGUCACAUACUUUUCUGCUCAAAUAUUCUCAAAUACUCAUCUAAAUUAAACUGAAGAUAUUAUUUUCAAGUCACAUAAAUACUUGAAACACAAAAUUUGCAAAAAUCUAUUGAGAUCAUGAUUGCAAUGAGGGUCAUGGUGGGUGUGUUACUGCUGAAAAGUUUCAAAUAGAUGGAGCAUGUAGUGGAUGUGUAGGGGUGUUUUGACCAAUUUCUCAAGUUGAAGAGUCAGAUAGAAAGUCUCCUUAGUUCUAUUUAAGUGCUUAGACCUAAAACAUUAAAAUCUUUCCUCAAAUCUGAAAGAUGAUGUGGAGCAUCUUCCCACCAUUUUACCUCUGGAGUAAAACUGGAGUGAAUGUUCAUUUUGCAGUCAUUUGCAGGCUCACCAUCUUUGUAGAAUAGUUGUGUCUGUUGGAUGAUAUUCACUCCUGAUUAAAGGACCUCCAAAAAGACUAUUUACUGAGAAAGCUCAAGAUCUCUUACAAAUUGAUCUAUGGAGGGGGACUGAGAGUGCUGCACAAAGAGUCACAGUGGAAUCCAGGCCUCACCGGUCUUUAAGACACAAACUGACUCCAGCAGGACCUGGAUUUUAUUCAUCCAUCUCAGCGAGGCUCUGCACGUCCUCAGCUGAUCGAGUUGCUUCUGUGAAUCAGAUUUCCAGGUGUAAGUGGAACUUAAAAGUCUUGCCAGACUCCUGCUGACAUUUUGCACAGAGGAGGUUUUUCUAUCAGGAGUUUUCACUGAUCAGGAAAUGGUGAUAGAAUAUCUGAAUACAGCCUUAUCCCAUACAUUACUAUAUGUCUAGAAAUAAAACAUCUCUUAAAGUAGUCAUUGUGAUUGUGAUACUUCUUUAGGUGAAGAUGAAAACUUUCUAAGUAAAUAAUGCCCCUUCUUAAAUCUCUUUGUUUAGCUUCAGAUAAUCUUUCCGAUAGGUGAAAAGCUACCAUGAUUAAAUAAAUAUUUUUAAAAACUUUUCACCCCUUUUUCAGAUUUUUUCGUAUGAGUUCCUGAAGUACCCUGUCCACUUGACAGUAGUUCUGUAAGUUUUAAGUGAUCUUCAGUAUUUCCACUGCACAUAUAAAUGUGUUCUUAUAUGAAUUUACUUGGACUUGAGACAAAAUAAGCCUUAAAAAUUUGGCUUUGGGUCAGGUUCUGAGAAUUCUCAGUUUACCAGUCUAUCUUUUCUCUUAAGAGGCGUUGAAAGCCUCAUAAUGUUUGACUUUCAAACUUGAAUAUUGGCCAUUUUUAGCCCAGAGAAAUGAAAUAAAUAUUUAUUGCCAAAUUUGUAUUGGCAGCUUUUAAGUCACAGGUGAGAUCGGGAGCGGGCGAGGUGGCCAGAUGCAGUGCCGACAGAGCUCAGGAAAGCAACUGCCAGAAAGAACAGGUGCCAAAGAGUGAGCCAGGAGAGGGCUGGGAGCAUCUCUCCUUACCAUUGACAAGGGAAAUGGGCAGCAACUGAAGCAGAGAGGCUGCUGAAGGGCACUGCCAAAAGGCAGGGUAACGAGAGCUCUGAAAACCAGAGGAGAGGGGACAUUAACCCUGCCACAUCCUUUAACUCUCCCAUGUAAUUAGGCUAUGGUUUUUCAGAUGUAAAAUGUAGGGUUGGAGGAAGGCAAGACAAACCCUCAGAGUCUCUACAGAUCAGUGACAAAUAUAUAAAGGAGUCAGAUUGCCCCAGAAGAUAAUUUUAUUGCUCGUGGUGUAGAGUUGUCACUAAGAAUUUCAAACUACUUAGACAAGGUUUUAAAAGGAGGGGGGGAAAAAAGCUUUCCUGCUACAAUGAGCACUCGGUACAUAUUUGUAUGCUGUGUACAGUAUGAGCUAAAGCAUACCAUAUAUUGUUUUUGUUAUUCCACACGUUGUCAACAGCCCACUUGAGAUAUCUGCCACCUGAAUUAUAUAUUGAUAAGUUAGCUACCACUGGAGCUAGUUUGUUUAUUGUUUCAGAAUCUUAUGUCCCUAUGAAAUGCUGUGUAUAUAUAUAUAUCUCUAUACUGUAAAAAGAAGUAAUAUCGCAGAUGCUGGUUUUGUAUUUAUGAAAGACAUUGAAAGUAUGGCUUAAAGUAUAUCAAUUAUUUGUCACUCUUCACCAUUUGUAUAUUAAUAGUAAAGAUAAUUUUACUUUAA